AAACCCUUGGGCAUCGCUUGGCCGGGAAAACGCCGGAGGUAGCCCAGGAGAAGUUCCAGGCUCAAAUCCAUGAGCGGGUGAACACCUGCAACAUGCUGCUGUACUAGCUGAGGCAGCGGAGCCGAAUCCGGGAUGAGCUGCAGAAGCGGUUGCAGCAGCUGCAGGAUACCGAGAUGGACAACCAGUGGCAUCAGGCACAGGUGGUUUGCCAGCUGGGGAACAGCACUGAGAAGAUGCUGAUGAAAGCCCAGGCUGCAGAGAAGGUGACCGCCCUGUACCUGGCAGUGUGGGAUGCCCUGAGGAAGGAGCUGGCCCAGCUGCCUCGGCACCUGGACCUCCUGAGCGAGACGGCUGAUCUGUACCGUGGGGAGCUGGAAACCAUGGAGCUCAUGGCCUCGGGUGCCCUCAGAGCUGCUGCUGUAGCCAAGGAGGACAUGGCCAAGAAGAAAGCAGAGUUCCUGGUGGAGAGAGAGCUCAGGUGCCACUCCCUCGCUGCCCAGAAGGCACAGAAGAAAGAGCUCGAAAGGCAUCUGAGAGUGCAAGCCAGGUCCCAGCUUGCCGAGGACUUGCCAAGCGUGCACAUGCAGGACCCACUGGUGGCUGCCAAAGAGGCCACUGAGUUCUGGAUGGUGACUGAACUGGAGAAGGCCAAGGCUGCGGUGGAGUGCUCUCGCUUCAGGGACAUCCCCAGCAGGCUCCUGGCGCAGAAGAAGUCCUCAGUAGCCAUGCAGGAGCACAUCGAGGCCUGCAAGCAGAAGUGCCGCGCAAUGAAGGAGAAGCUGAAGGAGCUGGAGGGGAAGCAGGCCAAGCUGAAGUUUCGUCCGCCCCGCAAGACCAACAGGAGGCUGGAGGAGCUGAGGAUGCACCUGCAGCAGGCAGAGGUUCGGCUGGAGCAGCUGCAAGCCCCGGUGCUGAGGAACCAACAGGUCCUGCUCCAGAUUGAAAAUGCCAUCGAGAGCCUCUUGCCCCGUCUGCAUGGGAUCACCGUGCCCGGUCAGGACGAUUCUGUUGAGGCCGGCAGCGCGGAGGAGAAGCUCCAGCAGUGCCAGCAGAAGCUGCAGUACCUGGUGCAGCGGGUGGCCAGCCUGCCCCCCGACAUGCAUGGCCUGGAAGAGGACAAUGAGGCUUUUGUCAAGGUGCAGAAUUCCCUGGAGAAGGCAGCUGCAAACCAUCCACAGAACGUCAACAUCUGCUUGGAGGAGAGCAGCAGCAGGGUGGAAGACACCUUUGAUUUUCUCAAGAAAGGCGAGAACCUUGUCCUCACCCGGCAAGGCAUCAAGAAGCAGGGGCUGCACCUGAUGAAAACAAAGAAGAAAGCGGCAAGAAGUGGCUGGUACUGCAGCAGCCCUUUGGAUCUCCAGACCACCGCUAACGCUUCGGAUGCGCCAGACCAGCCACUGUAG